AUGUCUGGUGAAAAAGAACCAGAUACAAAUAAAAGAUUUUUACGAAGCACAGCGAAACAAGGUCAAAAACUUCCUACACUUACAUUGAAUUUACCACGAGGUGGAACAAUUGCUAGUAGGUCUAAAGAUAUUAUUUCUACUAGUAGUAGCAGCAGCAAUAGUCCUUCUGAAGAUACUUUAGAAAAAACAUUUAUUCCAAAGUUUAGGAAUACAGGAAUUAACUCAGGUGAAACUGAUAGGGAACUUUCUGCCGAAUUAUCUAAACUUCAAGUAAGAACUCCACCUGAUUUACUUUCUGAUCAAAUAGAAUUAACGGACACGUCUACUUUAACUCCAAAUACAAUAAAAGAGAACCAGAAUACUGAAGUUCUAGAAUCAAAAAUUAAAAUGGUACAAUCCUAUUUAAAUAGUCAUGACUAUGCUGAACUGGAUAAUUUUAGAGAAAUCUACAAAAAUCUUUUAAAAUCUUUUGAAUUGCUUUUGGUUCUCAGAAAAAAUGAAUUAUUGAAUUACUGCAGAUUUCAUUUUAUCUCAGUUUUUACAAUUACACCAUCAAAACUUUUGAAAGAGUUAAGAACGAUCUCUAAUGAAAUUAAAAAAUUUGAUCAUGUUUUGGCUAUACCAUUUACACAGUUGUCUCAAUAUUACCAGCUACCGAUAUCUGAUUGUACACUAAGUGAAAGGUUUACAAUUAUAACUGUAAGAAUACCAGUAAAAGCAAAUCAUAUGUUGUGGAAACUUUAUGAACUGAUACCAGUUCCAUUUGCCUGGUAUAAUGAUACAUGCAUCUUUUUGCAGCAAAACCAUUAUGUGGCUGUUGCCUCAAAUUCCACAGCACAUGACGGUAGCAUUCUUUCUGUUAGACCAAUAACAGGAACAAUGUUAAGAGAGUGUCAACCCUAUAAAGACAAACUUUGUUAUUUACCAACAUUCUUGGCAGACACUUCUUUCGGAAGCGACUAUUCAAAAAAUAUGUUAAUGGGUGGUACUAUUCAGGACAUUUCACGUAUUUGUCCUCUGAGAUGUCAUAAUGCAAAUUCAACCGUAGUGUCCAAAAUCGAUAAUGCCGUCUUUGUCAUAACACACCCAAAGAAAUUUACGAAACUUGAAUGCCAAUCGACUACACAUCAACUACCUGAUGUUCUUUAUGAACAACCAGGUGCAAUCGAACUUAAAAUUCCAUGUCAUUGUAAACUUUCAGUUAAUAACGAAAUUCUUAUUGGAACUAGAUUUCCAUGCAGAAAAACAAAUAUUUUUAAGUCUAUGGCAGUUCAUGUGUUACCGGCAACGUGGUCGACUUUAAAAUCAUUUUUGAUAACAUUUGAUAAAAAUUUAUUGUCUCACCCUGUUUUUACAGACUUAAAUGAAUGUUUGAAUUAUAACUGGUCCCUUACUAUACCUUAUCUUAAUCUUUCUACGUCCCGAGAAAUUGAUAACUUAUACAAAGAUGUAAGGCAGUUUCAAGACACCUACUGUGUGUAUUCAGCAAAUUCGUAUCUUAUACAUAAUGGUAGUUUAUUCGUAAUAUGGAACAUAGUUUUAUCAAUACUGAUCUUUUAUUUGUUGCAUAAGCAAAAUGUUUUUGGAAUUGUUCCUUUUGUUAGACCGGUCAAUAGUGAAACUGCAUCAGAUUUGAAUUUCCUUGGACAAGAACAAGUAUUGUUGCUUGUCAUGAUAGUAUGCAUACUUUUAGUAAUUUUGGGAAUUAUUAUUUUGUGCUUAUAUAAGUAUAUACAGAGUAAAAGAAGCAGUGAGUCUUCUGAUGUUAACAUAAAUUUGUUUGAUGGCCAAAUAGGGAAGUUAAGUCUUCCUACAGGGGAAACGUUUCCAGUUUCUUUCAAAGCUGAACAUGAAACAUGUGUUUAA